ACAUGAAUCCGCUGUCUUUGUUCUGUCUCGCUUUUAAAGCCCGCUGUCCCACUUCUCCAUGUCACAGUAAGACCUGAUGCUGUCAUAGAGGUGGAUCAACAGCAUCUGUAAAGAAGCAUCUGUGGAUGAGAAGCAGACACAUCGUCACAUGCCUCAUCCCUGCACGGCAGCUCACCGUUGGAUGUUGGGUUCCUCAGGCUGGACAGCAGAUCUUCUCCUGUGAUGAUUGCACUCAGCAGAUCCACGUCUCUGUACCAGAGACUAAACAAUGAUAUGAAAGAAAGACUGGCUCUCUGCUCCUUGAGUCUCGACACCGCAGCCAACACGUCAGUGAACUUUCUCAGGGAUGUUGACCCGGUGGUCUGUGCCAUCCGGAGAGGGGACGUGGAGGUCGUUCAGGACCUGGCAUCAUCCGCCCCUCACUGCCUGCUGAAGGAGAACAAAGAUGGCUGGAUACCUAUGCAUGAUGCUGCCUACUGUGGACAGGCUGGGUGUCUGAAGACCCUACUGAGGGUUCAUCCAGGCUCAGUAGACAAACGCACCUUACAAGAGCAGACGGCCCUGCUGCUCGCCGUGUCCUGUGAACAUUUGUCAUGUGUGCGGUGCCUUCUGGAGGCGGGCGCUGACCCCGACAUCAGCAGCAAGAACAAAGAGACCCCUUUGUACAAAGCCUGUGAGUUGGAGAACGUGGACAUGGUGAGCCUCCUUCUGACUUACGGGGCCACUGUGAACCAGCGGUGUGGUCAGGGCUGGACCGCCCUCCACGAGGCUGUGUCCAGGAACAACACAGAGAUCUGUGAGAUACUAAUAAGAGCUGGGGCUGCAAUCAAUCCUCCCAACACCUACAGCAUCACACCGCUCACUGUAGCAGCUCAGCAAGGACAGAUGAGGGCACUGUGUUACCUGAUUGGAAAAGGUGCAGAUGUGAACAUGCAGACGUGUGAUGGCGUCACAGCCCUGCACGAGGCCAGUAAAAACGGACACAAGGAAAUCGUAGCAGUGCUCUUGACUAAAAACGCAGACGCCAACAAACCCACUAAUUCUGGACUGCUGCCUCUGCAUGUAGCUGCUCAGUAUGGACACCCCGAGAUUGUGUCCCUGCUGGUGUCAGUGACGAGUCGAGCCAGGCUGCGGCACAGUUGGAUCAGUCCCCUCCACCUAGCAGCCGAGCACAACAGACACACUGUGGCAGCUGUCCUUCUGAAGACAGGUGCGGAUGUAAACGCCACACUGGCCCCCAGUCACUCCACCCAGUACGCUGACGGACGUGCAACAGCCCUCUACUUCGCUAUUGCCAACGGCGGCGGCAAGACAGCAGAGGUGCUGCUGAACGCCGGCGCCAGCGUGAGCCUUGACCCACUGAGUCCUCUGCUGAUGGCCGUCCGUCAGGGCUGUGUCAGCACAGUGUCUUUGCUGCUGGACAGAGGGGCUGACCUCAAUGCCAGGCUCCUGUCUUAUGCUACCACCUUCCCUGCUGUUAUCGCGCUCUGCAUGAACAAUCUGCCUCUGCUCAAAUGCCUCUUGGACAAUGGCUGCCAGGCCCUCUCUUGUUUUACCUGCACAUACGGCAGUGCCCCUCACCCGGCUACAGGAGAAUCCCACCUAAGAACUGUUGGCAGCAACGGAUAUGUUUUACAGAAUGACAAUAUGCCUCCUUUUAAUUGCUGCGAGGGAACAGAAAGAGCAAGAGAGUUCUGUGAGUGGAUCUCAACACCAGCUAUGUGUAAAUGGGCCGGACCCAUCAUAGAUUUGCUGCUGGAGCAUGUUGGUCCGGUUCAGCUGUGCAGCAGGCUCACUGAACUACUGGACAGCCGAGAGGAAUGGCUCGCUGUGAAGAGGAAGUCAUUGUCUCCUCGUCCGCUGCUGCACCUCUGCAGAUUAAAGAUUCGGACACAAAUGGGGAGAGACAGGCUGAACUCUCUCACAAGUUUACCUCUGCCAGACAGAGUGAUCCGAUACCUGAGUCUUGCUGACUGACUUUAAAGGUGAAUUUCAAGCAACAUAUGCAUCAGAGACGUGGCUAUAUUUAUCUUUGUGUGGUUCUUUUUUUAGUUGCGUCUGAUGUCUUGAAUCUGUACAUGGUCCUCUCAAGGCAAUUCUCUAUGUGUAAAAUAUCUAUUUAUAGCACAUUUAAUGUGACAAUAAAUGUCUUUAAUCUCGAA